CUGUUUUAUAUUCAGGUCUUGUGUGCAUCAGAAGGAGAAGCUGGAGGACAGUAACUGCAUUUUGGAUCCUGGUUUUUAACAAAAUAAUCUAUCCUUGUGUGAGGGGACAAACAUUUUCAGAUUUGCUGCAUUCAGUGAAGAAUUUUCAAUUGGGAAACCCAAUAUUUCAUCAGAAUCUGACGGUGUUGCACAAUUAGUCAUGAACUGAAUUUCAUCAGAUUUUAAGCAUGAAAGAUAAAAGUGCUUUUCACCGUGGGGAGAAACCAUACACGUGUUCUGCGUAUGGACGAGGCUUCAGCCGAUCAUCUGACCUAUUGAAACACAAGCACAGUCACACUGGGGAGAAACAAUGGAAAUGUGGGGACUGUGGGAAAGGAUUCAAUUAUCCAUCCAGGCUGGAUACUCACCGGCGCAUUCACACUGGGGAGAGGCCUUUCACUUGUUCUGUAUGUGAGAAGGGAUUUGUUGAUUCAUCCACCCUCCUGAGACACCAGCUCAUUCACACUGAAGAGAGGCCGUUCACCUGCUCCGUGUGUGGAAAGGGAUUCACUCGGGCAUCCAACCUGCUGAGGCACCAGCGAAUUCACUCUGGGGGGAGACCAUUCACCUGCUCCGAGUGUGGGAAGGGAUUCAUUCAGUUAUCCUACCUGUUGACACACCAGAGAGUUCACACUGGGGAGAGGCCAUUUACCUGCUCCGAGUGUUUGAAGGCCUUCACUCAGUUAUCCAACCUGCUGACACACCAGCGAGCUCACACUGGUGAGAGGCCAUUUACCUGCUCUGAGUGUGGGAAGGGAUUCAGUCAGUCAUCCCACCUGCUGACACACCAGAGAGUUCACUCUGGGGAGAAACCGUUCACCUGCUCCGAGUGUGGGAAGAGAUUCAAUCGGUCAUCAAACCUGCUGAUACACCAGAGAGUUCACUCUGGAGAGAGGCUGUUCACCUGCUCCGAGUGUGGGAAGGGAUUCACUCAGUUAUCCAACCUGCUGACACACCUACGAGUUCACACUGGGGAGAGACCAUUUAUCUGCUCCGAGUGUGGAAAGGGAUUUGCUCAUUUAUCCGUUCUGUUGAGACACCAGCGAAUUCACACUGGGGAGAGACAGUUCAUCUGCUCCCACUGUGGGAAGGGCUUCACACAGUCAUCCCACUUGCUGAGACAUCAGCGAAUUGAUACUGGAGAGAGGCCGUUCAUCUGCCCUGUAUGUGGGAAGGGAUUCACUGUGUCCUCUGACCUGCUGAAGCAUCAGCGAAUUCACACUGAGGAGAGGCCGUUCAGCUGCCCUGAGUGUUGGAAGGGAUUCACCUGGUCAUCCCAACUGAUGAGACACCAGCGAGUUCACAAAUAACGAACAGGAUGUUGCUGUUAAUCACAUCCAGGACUGAACCUUGUUCAUUGGAGUCUGUUUCUGCUGAUGUUAAUAAACUCUAGCCCAGUUAUUGGGGUUAAUAUUCUG